AGGCGCCUUCCUCAUCAAUCAUAAGCUGAUGCAAGACAUCAAUGAACAGGCUGUGAAGGAACGGCGCGACUUGGAACGUGUGAGCAAAAAGUUGGAGAAAAUCGCCGCGCGUCAGAAACAGCUGGGGAAGAAUGCUGCCAACAUCAACGAACACUACAUCCUGAUCAGGUCCGGCGAUUAUUACCUCUUUGAGGGUGAUCCGGAGGAGGAAGACGAGGACUCUGGUAGCGAUCUCGAUACCAAUCCUAGUCACCGGCGUAAUUUGAAUCUCCACGGGGAGCAGCGCACUCGAAGUGGAUCAGAAAGGGCCGACAAAGGGACUGGCGGAGGUAGAGGAGGUGAACUAGACGGCAGUGCCUGCCAGAUGCAACGUCAGCACCUUCGCGAUGCCUGGCCGACCAUAGAGCCCAACAACUUGGACGUCCUCGGCCACUACACCGAUCCCUAUACCUCCGACCGACCAGCAGGCAAGCAGAGACUAGAAGUCGGUCGCAAAGACAGACGCCGAAAGGUUUCAAGAGGUAUUGAACAGUCUGGUCAUUUUUCUUCCUCCUCCUCUGACGAGUACACCUCCACGCCGGCACAGCAACACAGCAGUACCCGACCCAGCUACAAAUCCCACCGGCGUUUGGCAUCCUAUCCCGAGACCUAUACCUGCCUCCUGGCUGUCCAAAAACCUUCCCAAGAUACCAUGGAAAUGCGGCUAAUUAACCGACGUAGUACUCGACUUCGCACUCGACCGGCUGCCGAUUCAACACGGAGCCCACCUCGGGCGGGCCCUUCUACUGCUACCGGCGCCGCCACCGUUCCUACCUCUAAUUUAGAGCCAGCACAGUCCGGUGAGACCACU